AAUAAAAAUAUAUAUAAACAAUAGAUUUUGAUUAAAAAUUUGCAAAAACAACAAGAAGAGCAAGAUAGAUAUAGAUAUUGAGAGAGAGAGAGAGAGAGAGAGAGAGAGAGAGAGAGAGAAGAAUACUUGGUUUUUUUUGGAGAGAGAGAAUGGUGUAGUCCAGUCAAUCAAUCAUGGAGGAGUUUUUGAGGCCAUGAAAAGGUUUUUCUGAAGCUGUUCUUGUUCAGCAACCUGUUCGAUUUGGCUAUAUAAUCUAAGAUGGACUUCUCAGAAUCUACAAAAAUUGUAUACGAUAGGAUCCAAAAAAUCGACCCCGAAAACGUCUCCAAGAUUGUGGGGUAUCUCCUUCUUCAAGAUCAUGGUGAAAGAGAAAUGAUAAGAUUAGCAUAUUGCCCCGAUAAUUUAAUACACUCUUUGAUCAAUAAAGCAAAAACCCACCUCAAAUUACCUUCCAAUAUCCCCGAAAUGCCCCUACACUUCACACCAUUUACACCUUCAACUCGUCAUUCACCAUUGACUAUCCAAAUCCCAAGUCAACCAGUUGACUAUGUUCCCAUGGUUUAUCCCGCUUCAUUUCCCGAAGAUUAUCGUCUUCACAACCACCUUCGUUUCCUUUCAUUGGAAGAUCAAAUUGACUCGGUCAACACCCCAGAUUUUUCACCUAACAAUUUCUACAAGUCAUCAGAACCUUCAUUAGGUCCUAGAGCCAAUCGGAGGUCGCCAAGUCUACCCGAAUUCCCAUUCAAAGUUUGCCAUUACUUCAUUAAAGGAUUCUGUAGACAUGGAAACAAUUGUCGAUACUUGCAUCCUUCAUCCGAAAGUUUCUCCUAUAUCGAGGACGAAAACGUCUUUUCACCCGGGUCUCUUGAGAAACUAGAGUUAGAACUCACCGAGCUUUUGAAAUCAAGAAGAGGGUUUCCUCUCUCCAUAGCCUCUUUACCAAUGCUUUAUUAUGAAAAAUUCGGUAAGUCAUUACAAGCUGAGGGGUAUUUGACCGAAAGUCAACGACAUGGGAAAGCCGGUUAUAGUUUGACUAAACUUCUUGCAAGGCUUAAAAGCAUUUGUCUCAUUGAUAGGCCACAUGGGCAACACGCUGUCAUUUUGGCUGAUGACCUGGCAAAAUGUAUGGAUCAUAAUGGAGAUAGAGAUAGGAAUGAACAUGGUGGUAUUGUAGCAGGAUCUAGACAAAUAUACUUGACAUUUCCAGCCGAGAGUACCUUUUCGGAGCGUGACGUUUUCAACUAUUUCAACAAAUUUGGGCCGGUUCAUGACGUGAGAAUUCCAUGUCAGCAAAAGAGAAUGUUUGGAUUUGUGACUUUUGUAUUUGCGGAUACGGUUCGCCAUAUUUUGAACAAGGGAAAUCCUCAUUUUGUAAGUGGUGCUCGUGUUUUGGUCAAACCCUAUCGUGAGAAAUCUAAGGCGGAUGAUAGGAAACAUGGAGAGGCAUUUCAGCACUCGAUAUACCAAGGUGGCCACGGUCUUGAUAGUGAAAUUGGACUGCAGUCAAUGCCAAGAAUUUGUGAUAAUUCAAGGCUAAUCAAGAAGCAAAUCAUCGAAGAACAACAAGAACAAGCACUUGAAUUUGAGAGAAGGCAUUUCUCAGAGAUGCAAUUAUCUGCGGAUCUCAAUAACCAAUUUCCAUCUUUUAGAACCACACUCGAAGAGUUGAGGCUACCAGAAGGCAAUUCCCAUGCACAACAAAUGAACUUUCGUUCAACCGAGCGUUUUAAUUAUCUUUUAGAUUAUCUCAACAACGGUCCUUCUAAUGAUGAAAGAAUUAGGCAGAUAAACACCAAGUACAACGAGGAGAGUAGUCAAGGGCUAAAUCUUCCAGACAGCCCGUUUGCAGCUGCAUUAGGGGGUGAAAUAUCGACAGUUAUAUAGCUUCUUCAAAGAUAACAAACAAGAGCAGGUUUAUAGAGUUAGAGAUGACAGAAAAUCAACGGCCGUUUGGAUAAUGGAUAUACGAAGACAACAAAAGUUUAUAUAGAGAAUGUUUUUAGGGCGACAAAAAGGUUGCAAAUUAUAUAGAAAGAAAAGAAUGUAAGUAGGAUGGAAAAAAGUGAGGAAGAGAGUGGCUUAAGAAUUAAGAUAGAAAGUAAAAGUUUAGGUGGUCUAAAGUAAAAAGGCAGAAAAGAAUUCUGCGUCUUUGAGAUAUUAUAUUACUAUAUAAUAUAAUUUGCAAUAAUAAAAGCUUAGUUUAUACGAA